AUGGCCGUCGACAAGAUCGCCCCCAACGACCCGCGCGUCGAGCGCAAGCAGGCCGAGGUCAGGGGCAAGACCUACUCCUACCUCUUCAGCAAGCCCGAGGGCGACGCCGCCCCCAAGGGCUCCGUCGUCCUCAUCCACGGCUUCCCCGACAUCUCGCUCGGCUGGCGCUACCAGAUCCCCAUGUUCCUCGCCCAGGGAUACCAGGUCAUCGUCCCGGACACCCUGGGCUACGGGCAGACGGCCUCCCCGGCCGAGCUCGAGGCUUUUUCCCUCAAGAGCAUGUCGGACGACAUCAAGGCGCUCUGCGACAGCAUCAUCCCGGGCGAGCAGAUCAUCCUCGGCGGCCACGACUGGGGCGGAGCGCUCGUCUGGCGCCUCGCCAUGUGGCACCCGUCCCUGAUCAAGGGCGUCUUCAGCGUCUGCACGCCCUACAACGCGCCCACGACGGCCUGGUUCGACCUCGCCGACGUCAUCGCCGCGGGCCGCCUGACCAACUUCAAGUACCAGCUCCAGCUGCGCAGCGAGGAGGUGCCCGAGAAGCUCACCAAGCCCGAGGACAUCCGUCAGUUCCUGCAAGGCAUCUACGGCGGCAAAGGCCCCGCGGGCGAGCUCGUCUUCAACACGGAGAGGGGCAUCAUCUGGGAGAACAUCGGCAAGAUCGGCCCCACGCCGCUGCUGUCCGAGGAGGAGAUUGCGUACUACGCCGACAACUUUAGCAAGUCGGGCAUGCGCGGCCCGACCAACUGGUACCGCACGCGCAAGAUCAACCACGACGAGGAGCUGCCGCUCGCGGAGGCGGCGGAGAAGAGCGGGGAGGCGUACAAGGUGACGCCGCCCAGUCUCUUCAUCUCGGCGACAAAGGACGCGGCGCUGCCGCCGGCCAUGGCGGCGGGCAUGGACAAGCACUUUGAGGACCUGUCGAGGGGCGAGGUGACGGCGACGCACUGGGCGUUGUGGGAGGCGCCCGAGGAGGUGAAUAAGCAGAUCAAGGCGUGGAUCGAGAGCAAGGUCGACAAGAAGCCGACGGCGUCGUUGUAA